GUAGUCGGCCUCCGGAGCCAUGAAUGACCCGCGGAAAGAGUAUGUCGUUCAAUGUAUCAUCAGUGUCCUGAACAUACCGCGGAGUGAAUUCCGCAGUAACACUACAUCCAAUACAGCCUUGGAGAAAUUCCUGGAUCAUCCAAAUGAGAAGGUGCUCCAGGCUGUAGAAAAUGAUUCAAGUGACACCUCAAAAAGAACAGUGACACUGCAGUUGGGUUUUUCCAGCUAUGCAGAGGGCAUUCCGGAGAUGCACUUCAUCAAGACAUCCUAUGAGCCAUUGACGGAGACCAACAUCUCUAGACUGGUUCUAAUUUCGUCCUUGCGGAUGUCUCCUGUGCGCAGUUUGUUCUACAACGUUCGAGAGGUCUUUAUGCCACUCUUGGUGCAAAGUGGCAAAGACUCGGAUCUUGAAGGCCGUUUGACCGACUGCUUGACCGAGCUCGAUGCGGGCCUGAACGCGUCUUUGCGCCGCGGGCUGCGAAAUCGAAAUGUCGGAGACUUCGAAGAUCAUGAUGUUUCAGGAAUCGUCACACCGGUAGAUGAGGUUCGAUUCUGGGAGGAGUUGAAGAAUGCCACCGGAGUGAGUGAUUCAGCAGUGGACCGUGCCACGAAAUUUUCCGAAGCCUUGUCGCUGAUAGCAUCAGAAUUGGAUGAAAUGUCCAAGAAAACUUUUGCUCAAUUGCUUGAAUUCAUGGAGAAUGUCAUGGAAAGUAUUGAUAGUCUGUGGCAGUCUGAGGCAUCUCCAGCAUAUCCUCCAGCGAGAAUGCUGCAUUUUCUGAAAAUCCUUUCCGGCUCUUUUGGUCGAUGUGUACAAUCCAGGCUCAACAGCUUGAAUGUUUGGACCUCCUCGUUUUCGCAGGUCUCAAAACACAUUCGAGAGGGACACAAGGUCUGCGAGCGAUGGAACGAGAUAACGGUUGACCUCACAGAUGUGCAGUGGAGAUCAAGUGAGAACAUAUGGGAAGGUGAAGCAUUCAAGGAUGACUUUCUCACUCACUUAGCUUUGCGCAUACAAGAGGUGAGUCAGUUGCGAGGUCAGCAUGACCAGAUCUUGAAAUUGCUUAGUGCAGAAGAGCUGAGAGACAUGCAAAUCGAGAGCUGCUUCGAGCCUUUCAUGAAGCUUAAUGCUUUCAGCUACAACGAAUACACGGUGCCAGCAUGGAGGGCUGCUUUGGCUGAUUAUGAAGCCCGCAUGUCUCCGAUUGAGGCUCGGGUCGCCGAGCGUUUGCGAGCAGAGCUUUUCACCAACACCUCCAACCCAGCACAGACAGUUCGGGUUUUUCAGAGAUAUCAAGAUUUGCUGGAGCGAAAGAACAUCAGGCAGUCGUUGACCAAUGAACGUGAGCGACUUCUCACAGAAUUGGAUGAUUUUCUUGGUCGGGUGCAGUCAGAACUUGAGACCUUUGAAGUGAAUAAUUUGCCUGCAGGCCGGGGUCUCAGCCUGCCUGCACGAAAAAUGGUAUGGGUUGAACACUUUCGAAGCAAGGCUGACUUAGCAGCUCGGCCCUUAGCGGGAUUCCUGAAGGAUUUACCAUCUGCUGGCAAGGUGGGCAACACAUACCGGAAGGUGCGUGCAGAAUUGAAAGAAUAUCGAAACAAAGCUUUCAAGGAUUGGUGCGAGGAGGUUGACUCUCAAUUGAGAGAUCCAAAUGAUCCCAUCGCUCUUGAAAUGAACAGUCGUGUGAUGGACUUCGACACUGCUCAGCAAGGCGCAUUGAAGAUCACAUAUUCGGAGCGUCUCAUUGAGCUGGUGAAAGAUGCCCGUCUCUUUGAGCAGCUGGGAUGUAGUAUUCCCAAGGAAGUGAAGAUGGCAGUGCAGGAUGGAAUGAAAUUUUACCGUUUUGCAGUGCAGCUGAAACAGUCAGAGUUGAAAGAGUUGAACAGUGGAAAUGCCCUGCACCUGCAACAGCUGCAACAGGUCUGCAAUUUCUACAAUACUUUGUCUGCGGAAUUGCUUCCCUCGCAGAAACUGAUGGUCUUGCAGCCAGCGCUUGCUUUUGAACAACUCUUCAAUGACAAGAGUGGUAUGAAGAAGGUCCAAUGGAACAAGCUGGAUCAGUUGGAAGCCUUCACCCGUCAUGUGAAGGAUGGUGCUGAACGCUUGCGUGAGGUGAAUCGCAAGCUCCGAAAUGGUCACAGUCAGGUCUCCCAGGAGGUGGUACAACUGGCCAACAUCAGCUUGCUUCGCCAACGAGACCAAUGGAAGCAGAAGAUUUCUGGGAUCCAGAAACACAUCGAUGCCACCAUUGGUGCCGUUGGAUGUCAAGUUGCAGAUGCAAAACCAUGGAAAUCACAUUGGGACUAUCAGAUCUUCAAAAUCAUGGAGAUUCAGUAUCGCUUCGGCUUGGAAAGCCUCAAUGAGAAUCUGCCUGAAAUGAAAGCAGAUUUGAUUGUGGCUCAAAAGCAGUUGAAGAUGAAGCCUCCACUGGAAGAACUGAAGGCCAUUUACUUCAAAGAAAUCAAGACCUUCAUCGCUUUGCCCUUACAGUUCAAAGGUUUGGAUGGCGCCCCUCACGUCUACAAAGUCAUGCCCGAGCGGAAUGCUGAGGCCAUUGCAGUGGUAUUUCAGAAGGCAGAUGAGCUUUUUGUGAAGGUGCAGCGACUUCAAAACUCCUUUGCUCCCUGGCUGGUAGUGGGUCUUUUGCCGGAAAGGGUUCAAGAACUGGUCGAUGAGCUCAGUGAUCCCAAAGACUGGGAUAUGAACUUCAAGGCAAUCAAAGCCAAACGGAAGGACAUGGACAAAAUCCCAGACACAGUGAAGAUUGAUUGCUUUACCAUCAGCACCGUGAUCCUGAAAUCAGUCAUCGAAGAUCAUUUGGAUCGGCUAAGUGAUGCUUUGAUCAUUGCUUUGAAACGCAGGGCAUCUGAUGAGGCCAAGGCUGUGAUCCAAUUCCUGGACGAAGGUCUUGAGAAGCUGAACAUCCGACCAGACACGGUGCAGGAACUGGGCAAAGCUCAGGAAGAUGCCAAGCAACUCAUGGAGCAGCAUCAUGAAGUGAAGAAACAGCUCGAUGCAGCCGAUGAGAAGAACAAGCUGUUGAAGUCAUAUGCUGCAGGCAUUGAUAUGAAUGAGGUCCAGAAUAAGUGGGAUGAUUUCUUGAUCAGGCUUGAAGCCUUUGAGCAACUUGCCCAUGAUUUGCGAGAGGAAUUGAAGGGCAAGAUGGAUCAGCGUAUACUAGCCAUGAACAGUGAUAUUGAAAAGUUCGCAUCACGGUGGCAAUCCUUGAAACCCAAAAGCAUGGAUAGUUUCUCCAUGGAAGAUGCCAAAAGGAAUGCCCAGCAGAUGCAAGAGUGGCAAACCGAAUGGCAAGGGCUCAAGGAGCAAAUUGUGGUGCUGCAAGGAGAUUGUGCAGAUUUUGGCCUGGCACCACCCGAACUCCAAAUCGCAGAAGUGGAGGAUGAUCUCAACAAGCAGCAGGCAGGUUGUUUGCUUUGCGAUGCAGUUCUGGAGUAUCGACACUGCGCCAGUUGGAGCCUGGUGGAGGAAUUCAACCAGCAGUACGAAGAGCUGUUGGCCCAGACCUGGCUCGAGUUAAGACCGAGGCUCUUUGUAGUACAAGACUUGGCACACAACUGGAUGGCCAAACUUCGUGAAGUUCCAAGAGAUCAAGUGACCCAUAUGCUCUCCCAGGAGGUUCAGCGUUUGGAAGCGGCUCAUCCUGCUUUGAAGGCAAUGACUGGAGAGCCUUUCGAGCGAGAUCAUUGGAAGAUUUUGUUUGGCCUCAUCAAGUUACCUCCAGAUUUACGUCUCGAGGAGUUACGCUUCAAGGAUUUGGCUCAACGGCUGAAUGUCAUCGUCGACAAGGUUGAUGAGUUGAAGGAGCUGACGGCCAGAGCCAUUGGAGAAGUGACCAUUAGAGAUGCUGUCAUGGAGGUCUCCGCAUGGUUCGAGCAGGCCGAGUUCAAUCUGAUGGAUCACCAGGUGAAGGGCGGAUUUGUGCCGUUGAUCAAAGAUUGGAAAGACCUGAUGUCGGAGGUUUCUGAAAAGCAAAGUCUAUGCGGAUCCUUGAAGGACUCUCGCUUCUUCGGACCUUUCAAAGAUCAGGUCGACAAAUUUGAGGAGAAGCUGGCGCUUUUGGACGAGCUGCUGCUGUGCAUGAACAAGGUUCAGAGAAAAUGGGUCUAUUUGGAGCCGAUCUUUGGAAGGGGAUCUCUGCCAAGGGAAAAGGAACGUUUCGACAAGGUGAACAAUCAGUACCGCCAGAUCAUGAAGAAUGUUGGAUCGCAGAAGAAAGUGAACUACUUGUGCACAGUUCGUGGGCUGAAAGAUCAGUUUACCAACAUGUUGGACCAGUUGGAACGCUGCCAGAAGGCUCUCAACAGUUUUCUGGAGGAAAAGCGGUCCGCAUUUCCGCGCUUGUACUUCAUUGGGGACGAAGACCUGUUGGAGAUCUUGGGUCAAUCAAGCAAUCCUGAAGUCAUCCAAGCUCAUCUCAAGAAACUCUUUGCUGGAAUUGCCACUGUGGACUUUGACCCCAACAUCACUCGUAUUGUGGCCAUGAACAGUUCACUCAAGGAGAAUGUACCUCUGGGGAAUCCUGUGGUGGUGAAGGAAGGCGAGGAACCUUUGCCGGUGGAAGAAUGGCUGUCAAAUCUCUCCAAUGAGAUGUUCUCCACUCUGGCAGCACAGCUGCAGGGUUGCUACGCUCAGUCUGAAAUGGACAUGCAGCAAUUCGAGCGAUACCCAUCACAGCUUCUGUGCUUGAGUGCAAACAUUCAUUUCACCUUCAACGUAGAGCGGUACAUGAGCAAUGGCCAACUUCUUCAAUUGAAAGAUGACCUGAGAUCACAGCUUUCAUCAAUGACUUCACUAUCACUGGAUGGAGCCCUGCCUCAAGCCAAGUUAAAGUCACUCAUCUUGGACCUGAUUCACAACAUUGCCGUACUUGACGACUUGUUGGUGCAGAAGGUCACACGGCUUUCAGAUUGGAGCUGGUUCCGACAGUUGCGCUACUAUCUGAAGCAAGGGGUGGCACCCGAGCAGAGGCCUUGCAGUGUGCGCAUGUUGGAAUGUGAGCAGUUCUACUCCUUCGAAUAUCAGGGCAACGCUCCCAAAUUGGUACACACGCCUUUGACUGACAAAUGCUAUUUGACUCUGAUGCACGGCUUGCACCUGGGUUAUGGAGGAAAUCCCUAUGGCCCUGCAGGAACAGGGAAGACAGAAUCUGUGAAAGCGCUGGGUUCGUGUUUAGGUCGACAAGUCUUAGUUUUCAACUGUGACGAGGGUAUUGACUUUCAAGCCAUGGGGCGGAUUUUUGUGGGCUUGGUGCGCUGUGGUGCGUGGGGAUGCUUUGAUGAAUUCAACAGACUGCUGGAAGAGCAAAUGAGUGCCAUCUCUCAGUCUGUUCAGCUGAUUCAGGCGGCGAUCAAGAACAGUCACAGCACCGUCCAUUUGCUGCAACGCGAUGUUCAAGUGAAUCACAACGCCGGGAUCUUCAUCACCCUGAACCCUGCAACCAAAGGCUAUGGAGGUCGACAGAAGCUGCCAGACAACUUGAAGCAACUCUUCAGACCCGUGGCUAUGAGUGUUCCGGACAACGAGCUCAUCGCCGAAGUGAUGAUGUUUGCCGAGGGCUUUGCCAGCGCGAAGGUAUUGGCACAAAAGAUCGUGUCUCUCUUCCUCCUAUCUCGACAACUUUUGUCUUCACAGCAGCACUACGACUGGGGUCUGCGUGCGUUGAAGCCCAUCCUUACCUUGGCUGGGCGCCUGUUGCAGGAGAUCAAGGCUGCACAGAGUGAACCAUUGCGUGAAGACGAGGAGGCGGUCCUGUUGUUGAAGGCAGUCCGGAUGAACACUUUGUCAAAGCUCACCUUUGCAGACUCCCGACGAUUUCAAGACCUGUGCAUGGAUCUCUUUCCAGGCAUCAACGUCAAAGAUAUUGAAUAUCAGGAGUUGGAAGCUGUCAUCCGUGAGACCAUCCGAGAAAUGCGCUUGGCCGAAAUCGAUUCACAGAUCUACAAGAUGCUGCAAUUUCAUGAAGCCUGUCAACAACGAAUGGGCGUGGGCAUUGUUGGACCUUCAGGCUGUGGAAAGUCCACCAUUUGGAAGGUGCUGGAGGCAGCGUACAAGAAGCAAGGCAAGAGGUAUGUUCUUCAUGUCAUGAACCCCAAAUCAAUGCACAGAGUCAGACUCUUGGGGCAUAUGGACCAUGACACCAGAGAAUGGUUCGAUGGAGUUCUUACAGCCAGUGCCAGAAAAGUGAUCAAGGAACCCAGCAGCACACACAAUUGGAUUGUUUGUGAUGGCGAUAUCGAUCCUGAGUGGGUGGAAUCCUUGAACAGUGUGUUGGAUGACAAUCGCUUGCUGACCAUGCCCAAUGGUGAACGCAUCCAGUUUGGUACCAAUGUGAACUUUGUCUUCGAGACUGACCAUUUGCGCUUUGCAUCUCCUGCGACAAUUAGUCGAUUGACCAUCAUCUUCCUGUCGGAGGAAGAUGUUGAUGUGAAGCCACUGGUGACAUCAUGGAUCUUAAAGCAGCCAGAGGAUCAGCAGGCGCGUUUGGAGAGUUGGUUUGACGAGCUCUUCUACCGAGCCUUGGAUUGGCUCUACAAAGGAAAUCACGAGUUGGCCAUUGAAACGACCCGGAUGGGUAUGGUGAGUAACGUGCUGGGGCACCUGAGCCAAGAGGGUGACGCAGAGGGUCCAGGCUUGACCAAGCAGAACUUCCUUCUGGCGAUUUGUCGAGGCUUGGGAGGCAAUGUGUCGGAGGAGGAUCGAGCCAUGUUGACCAGGGAAGCCUUCAAGUGGGCCAACGAGAAUAUUCCAGACCCCAGCCAACCACUGCAUUGCCAGGUGGUUGAGUCUCUGAUCGUCGGAUAUCAGCAGAUGUCAACAGCUGCCGAAAUCUCUUUGGAAGAUGUACAGAGAUCCUCCAUCCUGCCACCAUUGGUGCCCACUGCAACAGUGCUUCGAAACAUGGACCUCUUUGCGACCUGGUUAGCUCAUGAACAGCCUUUUAUUGUGAGCGGUCCAGAGGGCUCUGGCAAGAACUUGCUGAUUCGCCAUGCCAUUCAGAGGUUGCAAAAUGAAUCCGACACUGCACUCAAUGUUGCGGUCUUGAAUUGCAACGCUCAAACAACGUCCAAGGACGUUCUGCAAAAGCUUCGCCAGUUCUGUAGCGUCUCCACGGGCACCACUGGUCGCAUCUAUCGACCCCGCGAAGGCCGAAGACUGGUGUUGUAUUUGAAGGAUAUCAACCUGCCAACUCCGGACAAAUAUGAUACCUCAGAGAUCAUCAUGUUCCUUCAACAGGCAGUGAUGCAUAAGGGAUUCUAUGAUGAUGACUUGGAGUUUGUACAGUUGGAACACAUCCAAAUCGUGGCGUCCAUUGCUCCUGCCAGCACUCUUGGGCGACAUCGAUUAGCGACACGCUUCACGGCCAUUGUUAGGGUUUGCUCCAUCUCCUAUCCGUCCUCAGAGGAGUUGACAGAGGUCUACACGCACUUCUUACGUGCUACCAUGACAGCGCCUCAUUGGCAGAAUGUGGCAGAUCGAGCUUAUGCCGUUUGUGACAAGGCUGCCGAAGCCAUGGUGGACGUGUACACAAACAUGAAGGCGAAGUUUACAAUGGAUGACCAUGAGCACUAUUUGUUCAACCCCAGAGAUUUGACUCAAUGGGUCUUACAGCUCCUGCGGUAUGAGGUGGUUUCCAUCGACAGCUUCAUUGAAGCUUGGGCUUAUGAAGCCACCAGGAUCUUCAGAGAUCGACUGGUGGGAGACGAGGCCAAGAAUCAUUUUGAUGCCAUCCUUCGCAAUGCAUUGAUCCAGUACCUGGGCACUGAUGUUGACGUUGACAAGUUGAUCUUCACAUCGAUGCUGACACUCGGUGAUGAAGGUGUGCCCAGUGGUGAUAUGAAGAAGGUUGCAUUGGAAGACUACACAAAGAUGGUGCAAGAUGGACUGAAGUCAUAUCAGCGUGAGGUGAAAGAUCUUGAUGUCGAACUGGUGCCCGAAGUCUUGGAACAGAUCAAGUGGAUGGACCGUGCACUGGCUGCGCCCGUGGCCAAUGAUCUCUUGGUGGUUGGUCGCUCAGGUGGUGGAAAGAGAUCUGCCAUCUCCCUGUUAGCUCACAUGCAUCGCCUGGCAGUGUUCAGCCCAGCCCCUGCACGCCGCUAUGGCCAUAAAGAGUGGAAACGCGACCUGAAGCAAGUGAUGCAGAUGACAGGUGUGGAGAAGCAACAUACUAUCCUCCUAUUGGAAGACCACCAUUUGUUGAAAUCUGAGUUCCUGGAAUCCAUCAAUUCCUUGUUAAGUGCUGGCGAUGUGCCUGGCAUUUGGACCCCUGAAGAGCUGGAGCCGCUGCUGGCACCGUUGAAAGAAGAAUGGGCAGCUUCGCAGGGCAGAGGGGGAGGAGCUCGGACUCCCUUCGAGUAUUUUUGCACCCAGGUGCAGCAGCGUUUGCACGUCGUCCUAUCCAUGGACCCCAAUCAUUCCCACUUUUUGCCAUACUGCGCUGCAAAUCCAGCUCUCUUCUCAUGUACAACUGUGCUGUGGCUUGAUGAGUGGUGCGAUCACAGCAAGACCAUCAUUGCACAGCGAAUCCUGGGAGAGGAGGUUCUGGACAGCAAGAGGACGAACUUGGGUCCGUUAUUGCAAUACAUCCAUGCCUCCCAGGCGGCCAAGGGUGCAUGCCCCAGGCACUUCAUCACCUUGCUUCAAACUUGUCAUGCUAUGUACUCCUCCAAGAUUUCCAGUGCUUCUGGGCAAUCGUCCCAUUUGCAGAAGGGUCUCUUGAAGUUGCAGGAGGUCAGCCAGACGGUGGAGCAACUGCAAGAGGAUGCCAUUAAGAAACAAGCCGUGCUGGCAGAGAAGCAGCAGCUGGCAGACGAAGCCCUGGAACGUAUCACACAGGCCAUGAAGAAAUCUGCCGAGAGAAGGCAAGAGGUGGAACAGUUGGAGGGCCUUACCAAAGAGGAACAAGACAAAACAGCAGAGGAAAAGGCACAGAUUGAGAAGGAGCUGUCAGAGAUUCAGCCUAUUUUGGAUGCAGCCAAGAAAGCAGUUGGAAGUAUCAAACCUGAACACUUGAACGAAAUUCGAGCCCUGAAAAUGCCACCAGAUCCGAUUCACGAUGUGCUAAAUGGUGUCUUGCGAAUUAUGGGUAACUAUGACAACUCCUGGGCUUCAAUGAAGAAAUUCUUGGCUGGCACAGGAGCCAUUCAGAGAAUCAUCAACUUUGAUCCCCGCUCCAUUGACAAUCAAACCCGCCAUGAUGUGGAGAAGUUACUGAGGGAAAAAGCCAAUUCCUUUGAGCAUGCCACCAUUUACCGAGUUUCAGUGGCUGCAGCCCCAUUGGCCAAAUGGGUGGUGGCCAGUGUGAGAUACAGCACGGUGCUGGUGAAGGUUUCUCCCAUGGAAGAGAAGCUCAACAGGGCCCUGGAGUCAUUCCGAGCAGCACAGGAGAAGUUGACUGUCUACAAAGAGGAGCUGGUGAAGAUCGAUGAGGAAGUGGCGGUGCUGCAAGAGGAGUUCGGACAACGUAAGGGCGAAGCUGCAGUGCUCAAGGUAGACCUAGAACGUGCGGAAACCACGCUGCAGAAGGCCAACCACCUCAUGUCCAAGAUGUCUGGAGAGAAGGAUCGUUGGGAGCACCAAGUGGCCGAGAUCCAAAGGGAUGCAGCGUUGCUGUCGACGCACACCUGCCUCUCAGCUGCCUACUGCACAUAUCUGGGACACUUCUCGGAGGACGUGCGGCAGCAGGCGCACUCCAUGUGGACCGAGUCACGUGGCAUCACGACCUUCGACUUCCUGCGGAUCAUGUCUUCUGAGAGCGAGCUGCUGACCUGGAAGGCCCAGGGGCUCUCAGCAGAUCGUCUGUCGCAGGAGAAUGCUGUGAUGAUCGAUGAAGGGAUCUUGGUGCCCUUCAUCGUGGAUCCAAACAGCCAAGCCCUGGACUGGCUCAAGCAGACCAACUCUUCAGCUGAGAUCGUCCUUCAGCAGGAUCCCAAGUUGGUGUCACAGCUGGAGCUCUCCGUGCGAUUUGGCAAGGUCUUGAUCAUCCAAGAGGUGGAUGGGAUUGACAACUACUUGGUCCCCUUGCUGCGGCGAGACAUGGUGAGACAAGGUCCAAGGAAAGCAGUUCAGAUCAGUGACAAGAUGUGCGACUUUGAUGACAAUUUCAAGCUCUUUUUGUGCACUCGAAAUUCAAGUGCAAUUGAGAUGCUUCCUCCCAACACUGCAUGUCUGGUUACAAGAGUAAACUUCACAGUGACAAGAGCCGGACUUGAAGGGCAGCUCUUGGGUGUGACGUUGCAGUAUGAGAAGCCAGAACUUGAGCAUCGGAAGUCAGAGCUGCUACAGAAAGAAGAGGCUUUAAAGGUUGAAGUGUCAAAUCUGGAGAAGCGGCUCUUGGAGCAGUUGGCCGACUCCAGUGGCAAUAUCUUGGAGAACGAACCUCUGAUCCAAUCCUUGGAACAAACAAAGGCUGCAGCUACCACCAUCAACCAGUCCUUGGACGAGUCAUCGAGGCUUCAGAUGGUCUUGGAUGAGGAGCGCGAGGUCUAUCGGCCGCUGGCCACUUUGGGCUCUCGCAUCUUCAUUCUGGUGAAGGAGCUGUGUGCCAUUGAUCACAUGUACCGCUUCUCUUUGGAAGCCUUCAUGACACUGUUCAACAAGGUGCUGAAUCUGGAGCUUGGGGUUGACAGUACACAAGAAAAGUUGAGGCAACUUGGAAACCAAUUGAAGAUCAUGGUGCUCUUCUACAUUGCUCGUUCCCUCUUCAAGUCCGACAGACUGACUUUUGGUAUUCACAUGGUGCGAGGCAUCAUGCCCGAGAAGUUUGAGGAGAAUGAAUGGGAGCUCUUCCAAGGAGCAUACAUCCCUCCCAGCCAGCCAUCCACUCCUGCACCCAGCUGGUGUCCACCAGACAGGGCGACAUCUUUACAACUCUUACGUGCCACCUUCCCACGAAUUGAUGAACUUUGGCAGUUGAACAAGGAUUCCUUGUGGUCUUCCUGGGUUGCCUCCGACAAAUGCGAAGAAUCCUUCGAUGGCUCGGUCUACUCGCGGAUGUCGGCCUUCCAACGUGUUCUGCUCAUCCAGGCCGUGCGGCCGGAUCGCUUGGAGUCGGCUCUCACGCAGUUCGCCUGUGAAUCCUUGGGGGUCUCUUCGUUGUCACCUCCGGCUUUGAGCUUAAACCGCUUGUUCAAAGAGGAGACCAGCAACCGGCUGCCAACCCUUUUCGUCACAACUCCUGGCGCAGAUCCUUCCGCGGAGCUGGACGACUAUGCCAAGACCUAUGCUGCAGAUCACGCACCACAUAUGAAUUUCCAUCAACUGGCCAUGGGAGGUGGGCAGAAUGAUGAUGCUAUCAGGCUCCUGCACGAGGCGGCCAGGACUGGUGAUUGGAUUUGCUUGAAGAAUCUGCACUUGGUCAUCAGCUGGGUACCUUUGUUGGAGAAGGAACUCAAGAAUCUGCAGCCUCAUGAGAACUUUAGGUGUUGGCUCACCACUGAAGCUCAUGCCAAAUUCCCAACCAUCCUCCUGGAGACAUCGUUGAAGGUGACAUACGAAGCUCCUCCUGGAGUGAAGAAAAACAUUCUCAGAACCUUGGAAUCUUGGAAUCAGAACUGGUUUGGACAAGGAAAUGAUUUGCGUUCCAGAGUGAUCUUCCUCUGCGCGCAUUUCCAUGCUAUCAUGCAAGAGCGACGAACCUACAUCCCACAAGGAUGGACGAAAUUCUACGAGUUCUCACAGAGUGAUUUGCAAAGUGCAUGUGAGACAGUUUCAUUACUGGUGAAAGCAGGAGAAUCUAUGAAAAACCCAGGAUCCGGAAUUGAUUGGGUCACACUGAUUGGAGUCUUGGAGCAGGCAGUGUAUGGAAGUCGUGUGGACAAUGAGUUCGACUCUCGCCUGGUUCGUGAGUACUUGGCCAUGUUCUUCAAGAGUGAGACUCUGGAGGGUGGCAGGAGGAAGUCAGGGGUGGACAUCCCAGCCUUCGAUCUGCCUGCAUCCACCAACAUGGCAGACUUCCGGGCACGGGUGGAUCAACUGCCCGACUUGGACAAUCCUGCAUCCUUUGGCAUGGCUCCCAAUGCAGACCGCUCCUUACAACGUAUCAAUUCCACCAAGGCCAUCGCCUCUCUGAGGCAGUUGGCCACUGGAGGGGCCUCUGAGGGAAGCCACUCGACGGCCGUUGAUAUCAAGUUGUGGAGGACCCAACUUGCACCGUUGUUCACGAUCUGGGAAAAUGUCAACAAGGGACAGCUCAGCAAACUCAGAGGGAUUGACAUCCGGCCCGUGACACCUGACGAUUCUCCCACCGUGGCCUUCGUUUUGAUGGAUGCUGCGGAGGCUUCUCGCCUAGGCGAGCUGGUCACUACGGCACUGACAACAUUGCAGAAGGUCGUGAAUGGAACUGCCCUCAGCACCCCAGACCUACAGGUCCAAGCGAAGGCCUUGAUUAGAGGUGAAGUACCAGAAACCUGGGCUUCAACCUGGCCAUCAGCACCAGAAGAGCCUUCGCUCUACCUGCAGGGCUUGGCCAAGCGAAUCGUGGCAUUGAAAGGAGACUGGAUCAGGCGGGUUCAGUCCAGGGACGUCACCGGGCAGCCGGUGUCUCUGAGCGAUUUCCUGCGGCCGGAUGUCUUCCUCAAUGCCUUAAGACAGCAAACUGCCCGAAGACUGGCAGUGUCAAUUGACAACUUACAUUUGGUGUCCACCUUUGAACCACACUUGUUGAGAGAUGAUUCUUCACCAUUGCCAAUUACAGUGCAAGAGUUGAUUCUUGAAGGUUGCGCUUUUGAUGAGUCGAAGCGCAUUUUGGUUGAGGGACAGCGAACUUCUUCACUCGUAUCAGUUCUGCCACCUUUGACAAUUGCCUGGAUGUCCAAAGUUGCACACCCAGAAAGAACAGCUUCAUCAGCGCGUGCAGCUGGCACAAUUUCUUUGCCCGUUUACGCCUCGCUGACGCGAGAACGUUUGAUUGCAGAGGUGGAGCUCAGUACAGACAGUACACGUCAGCGCAAGCUGAAUGCCGCAGCAUUGUUUUUGACCGAAAACGAGUGAGCAGAGUUUGCGAGGCUGACCGAAUUAUACCGAAUUCAUACUUUCAAUUCUGCACUGCCCUAGUCGACCUGUGAAAUGAGCCGGGUCUGUGCUCCCAGCCUGCACCAAGGGUGCUUCAGGCUCAAAGAGCAUCAUUUGAAUUUGACGCUACAAUCG